AUGCGGCUGCGCCUGGGGGCGGUGGCGGGGGCGGCGGCGCUGUCGGGCGCCUUCAGCUUCGUGCUCCUGGCGGCGGCCCUCGCCACCGACUUCUGGUACAUCAUCGACACCGCCCGCCUCGCACCCCCGGGACCCCCGGGACCCCCGGGACCCCCGGGACCCCCGGGACCGCCGCCGCCCGCCAACCGGACCCGGCCCCUCGGCUCCCACUCGGGGCUGUGGAGGAGCUGCCGGGUUCCCAACACGUGCGUCCCCCUGAUGAACCCCUUCCGACGGCCGGACGCCAACGUCACCGACUCCCACAAGCAGCUGCUCAAGAUGCAUGGGGCAUUUGUGAUCCUGUUGCCACUCAGCCUGAUUCUGAUGGUGUUUGGUGGGAUGACCGGAUUCAUCAGUAUUCUCGCAAGAGCCUACCUCCUCCUCCUCCUGACUGGUGUGCUCUUCCUCUUUGGAGCCCUGGUCACUCUGACUGGCAUCAGCAUAUACAUCGCCUACUCAGCCGCCGCCUUCCACGAAGCCGCCUGUCUUUUGGAAGAUAAGGAGCUCCUGGAGGACAUCGACAUCCAGUUCGGUUGGUCUCUGGCGCUGGGGUGGAUCUCCUUCGUCUCCGAGCUGCUCACGGGGUCAGCUUUCCUGCUGGCGGCCAGGGUGGUCGGCCUGAAGAGGGGACCGGAGCAGGUCAUAUGAAGGAAACGUCCGCCCUCUAGGACGAGUCCCGCAGAGCCGUGGGAACCCGAAGCCGGCAGGUGUCUGCAGAAAGCCCGGCCUUUAAUUCACCGCUCUUUCCCGGAACCGGAGCUCACUGUAAGCUGGUCUCUGGACCGUAAGCUCGUUACGGGCGGCGAACGUGUCUUCUGAUUCUGUUGUAUGGUACUCUUCCAACCCUUUAGUAGAGUGCCCUGCCGCACAGUACAUGCUCCAUCAAACCAUGAUUUGGGUUACUCUGUGCAGAGCACUGUACUUGAGAAAGCAAAAUCCAGCAGAAUUAGCAGACACGUUCCCCCAUCACAUUGAGUUUAUAGCACUGACUGGUUGAUUGGAAGGUCCCAGGGUGGAUGACAGGUGAGACUCUGAAGGACUUUUCACUCAGUCACUCAUUCAGUCGUAUUUAUUGCGCGCUUACUGUGUGCAGAGCACUGUUCUAAUCGCUUGAAAGUAGAAUUCAGCAACAGCUAGAGAUAAUCCCUACCAGCAAUGGGCUCAUUCAGGACCAAUCAUCACCUCCGUGCAGUUAAUGUGCUGGCAACUGAACCGCUAUUGUCCUUGUUGUGUAUCUUGUGUAUGUGUGUGUGCCUGAGUUGGCCAAAGGAUAGGCUAUUGCCAGAUAAACUACUUAAACAAUGUUACUAGUAUUCUAUGGAAGCUUCAGUCAAUCCAUCAGUCAAUCAAUGGGAUCUAUUGGGCACUUACUAUGUGCAGAGCACUGUACCUUCAAAGAGAGACACUUCAUAGGCUUUCCGAGCCAGGCGGCCAGAGUCGCUGAGGCUGCUCUGUUAACUUUUAGUGAGACAUUAGCCCUUCCUCUCAUCCAGUCUCGGAUCAGGAUGGGUUUCGCCCACUGGUCCGGAUGGUGGUCUACCAACUCGGUUAGUUGCUACUUUCUCAAGUGCUUAGUACAGUGUUCUCUGCACACAGGAAGUGCUCAGUAAAUACCGAUGAUUGAUUGAGUGGUCUGGAUUCUUCCCUGAACGUUAGGGCAGUGCUCUGAAACCUUGGGGUGAGUGCUUCGUGCUGUCCUGGCCAGGAAGGGAAGCAGUGUGGCCUAAUGGAAAAGACCCGGGCUUGGGAGUCAGAGGUCCUGGUUUCU